AAGCUGUUAAAUAAAGGAGACAGAUACACAUAUUGAUCUUUAAGAAUCAGAAGGAAGGGUAAUUGUACAAUUCAAAAUAGAGUUGGUAUUGUAAGAAGUAGGGGAGGUAAUAAAAAACAGGAGACAGUCAUUACUAGGUUAAGAAUAGGGCACAGUAAUCUGAAGAGUACACUUCACACUUUAGGUAAGCAUCCAACCGCUUCCUGAGAUCAUUGUCAGGUACUAGAAACUGUAGAGCAUGUGCUGGUUAGUUGUAUAGCAGAUACGAAUCACAGAGAAAUGUAAUAUAACAUUUUGGUCACUGUAGGAGUUAACUAACUCCAGAAGAUGACAGUAGUGCAACGCUAAGGAUGCAAGCUACCUUUACAACCGAAGAAUAUGAAGAGAAGUAAACAUUACAAGGGAGCACGUAAAGGCAACAUCGCCGUACAACACAGUUUCAACUGUCAACACGAUUUUUUUAGACCACAGUGUUGUGUCAAAAAAACGAGUUAACCCUGAAAUAUUUACUUCGGAUAUACUAAAUUAGCUGGUUAGCUAGUUAUGUAUUUUAGGCAGAUUUUACGGACGCAGUUGAUCGGGACCAGAGCGGCUGACCUCAGCCGUUUGCAGCGUGUUUGUCGAGCCGAGAGACCACUGUGCACCAAAAGUGUCGAGGUGAGGUUGGCAGAGGAGGCCAGCAAGAAGUAUGGCUCCCCAGCUCCAACCAUCUUCUCCAAAGUGAUUGAUAAAAGCAUCCCUGUAGAUAUAAUCUAUGAAGAUGAGAAGUGUUUGGCAUUCAGGGAUAUCAGCCCACAGGCCCCUGUUCACUUCCUGGUUAUUCCAAGGGUCCCUAUUCCCAGAAUAAGUGAGGCCAAAGAUGACGAUGCAGAGCUCUUGGGACAUUUGUUGGUUAUUGCCAAAAAUGUGGCAAAGCAAGAGUCUCUAGAUGAAGGAUACAGAGUGGUGAUCAACGAGGGAAAGCACGGUGCUCAGUCAGUUUACCACCUUCACGUCCACGUCCUGGGAGGAAGACAGAUGAUGUGGCCACCAGGAUAAGGGCUUCAUGUGUCUCUUGUCUUUUCAGGCUACUUUCAUGUGUUUAAUCCCAGGAGCUCAUCCUCCUCCCGUCAUUCUGUACAACGACUAACUUCACCAUGCAAAAACAUGAUAAUAUGUUGAUUUGAUCAAAUAUAAAGAAUAAAUGUAAACAUUUAGACAUCAUGUUUGAUACGGCUGCAAAUAAAGAAAGUUUCUAUUGUGGAAAGAUGAAAACUCGACUAAAUUCUUUAAUCUGACAUCUAGCAUCUGCAAUAAGUGAUCAGAAGAUAAUGCAGAUAAUACUUCUACUGUUUCAAAAUACAAUGAGAAGUUCAAUCUAGACAGCGAUAGAAUUUUUGUUAGUGAAACUGAUUUGCAUGUUAUUUUGAAGCACGUUCAAUUUUCUACUCUCUAACCUCCACAGAUGGCAUGUGCCCAGAUAUUAGCAGUCUGGACUUGCUGGUAUUAUUUAGUAACAUCGGUGCCUGUGAGCAAGGUGGUUGAACUCUCCUCUAUAUUUACUUUUUAACCCAGACUAUCAGACAAAAGAGGAAACAAGGGCUGUAUUAAUGUAUUGAUCUAUGGAUAUUUUAAAUAGAAAUCAUGGAUUCUUACCGAUUUCUCUUGUGCACGUUUUUACCAAGAAGUAAAUAGAGAAGCGGAAGAGUUCUUACGAAAAUGCAGACUCUGCAAAAGGUGUGUGCAACACGAUGUCCCUAAUAUGUUUGUGCAUUUUAACGUGUAUUGCCAACAUACUGACACUUCUUUCUUGACGUGUUAGUUACACAAGUUUUGUUGAACUUUUGAAAAACUGGUUCAAAGUCUCAUCUCUCCUCAUGAACCGGAGAGAACUUUUAGUUUCUAGUUAAAAAUUCUAGUUUUAUCAUUACCCUUGCAUAUCUGAUAAUGACUUGUCUUCAUGAGUCAAUUAGGGAUGAUAUAAGUCUAAAUACCCCCCAAACACACAUACACCUGCUUUAUACUGUUAAAUGUGUUUGGACUAAUGUUGUCUAUCCAUUCAGCUGAAUUAUUCUAACUGUCUGUUCAAUAAAAUACUUAAAAGACAUUUGGGAGCAUUUUCAUCACGUUUAUUUCUCACAGAUUAAUUUCCACCACAUCUAAUACCAGCAGUUGUCUGCUAGUAUCAUUAAUAUAAACAAAGCAGGUUUCUACCAGUCGCAGGAUGUUUGUGUGUCUGCCUCACCUGGAGGAGCAGUAACCCUUUUGUCAAGCUUGUUGGUGGAUCUUUAACUGGUCGACUCGGCCUCAGCGGCAGUUGUUCAGAGGAUUGCGAAAGUCGCUCUGGAUUUGAGGUGUGAGUGCGAGGGAAGCUGGUAUGCAGUUUAGCAGGUUCUCUUUAGGCUGAUACUUUCUCCAGGGGGCAAACAGACGUGCACCAGGCAAAGGUUGAUCCGGGUCUGUCCUGCACCUGACGACUUGUCAAUCAGCUCUGUCCCAGAAGAAGCAAAUACAAGAUGAGUGUCCAAGAGGGUUCGGUUAAGAGCAGUGGUGUUGCAGUCAUGGAUGGUAGAGCUGAGAUCAUCUCUACCCAAAAGGCACCGUCAGACUCCACAAACAUAAAGACUCACCCCACCCUCAUCCUCAAUGGAGAAGCCACCACAGCUGAGCUCUGUGCAACAUCUGAGCUGGAGGAAGCCACUGAAGGACUUUCACUAGAAGAGCCCAAGGCAGUUCCCUUGUUGAGGGCGAACGGACCAGCACCUCUGGCCCCAGCGGACCAGCUAUGGAGCAGCAGCAGACACAAGGCAGUCAGGCUGAGGAUGGAGGGCUCGGGCCCGGCCUCAGAGACUCCCAUCACUGUCCAUCAGCUGUUUCUGGAGACGGUGGAAGCGUACGGGGAUCAUCCAGCCUUGGUUUCCAAAAAAGAGGGCCAGUGGGUGACCCUGACAUGGAGGCAAUACUAUGAGCAGUGCCGGGCAGCAGCUAAAAGUUUCCUCAAGGUUUGUUUGCAAAUGAACUUGU